AUGGAGAGCCUGCUGGAGAACCCGGUACGCGCCGUGCUUUACCUCAAGGAGCUCACGGCCAUCGUGCAGAACCAGCAGAGCCUCAUCCACACCCAGCGCCAGCGCAUAGAUGAGCUGGAGCGGCGGCUGGACGAGCUAAGCGCAGAGAACCGCAGCCUGUGGGAGCACCAGCAGCUGCUGCAAGCCCAGCCUCCGCCUGGGCUCGUGCCCCCGUCCCCAGCCCCGCUGUCAGCUUCUCCGGUCAGCGCCGCCACCGCUACCGGUGGGGCCCAGGAGCCACUUCAGAACCACGGACAGCUCUCACCCGCCAAGCCACAGCCCGCACCGGAGCAGCCACCGCUUCAGCACCACGGACAGCUCCUGGUGCAGCCCCAGCCGGGCCCCAGCAGCAGAGCACACGCACCCCAGUCGCCCCACCAACACCCGGUGGCACCUGGGGCUGUCAGCGACAAGGAAAAGGAGCGUCCUCCGAGUUGCUGCGCUGCCGCUGGAGCCCUCCUUCAACACAAAUCCCCUGCCGCCCUCGGCAAGGGCGUCCUGAGCAGGAGACCCGAGAAUGAGACUGUGCUGCACCAAUUCUGCUGCCCUGCCGCUGAUGCUGAGCAGAAGCCCGCCUGCUCCGACCUGCCCUCCCACAGUGACGGCUCCUGCGCCCAGGCCAGUGGGGGCAUGGAGGACUCCGUGGUGGCAGCGGCGGCGGUGGCAGCCAGCAGACCCAGUGCCCAUGCCCCGAAGGCUCAAGCCCAGGAGCUGCAGGAGGAGGAGGAGCGGCCAGGGGCGGGGGGUGCCUCCCCACGGGCUGGACCCCACUGCACAGCCUCCCCUGGCCAGCAGCAGCCUGCUCUGGCGACGGCGCUCUGCUCCCACACCCCUGCCGCCUCCGAUUACGAACUCUCCCUUGACCUAAAGAAUAAACAGAUUGAAAUGCUAGAACACAAGUAUGGGGGCCACCUGGUGUCCCGGCGCGCUGCUUGCACCAUCCAAACCGCUUUCCGCCAAUACCAGCUCAGCAAGAACUUCGAGAAGAUCCGCAACUCGCUUCUGGAGAGCCGCCUGCCUCGGCGGAUCUCCCUGCGCAAGGUGAGGGCGCCCAUGGCUGAGAGCCUGGCGGCUGAAAAGGCGCUCAUGGAGGGCUACGGCCUCAUGGGGCUGCCGCUGGUGCGCUCGCCCUCCCUGCCACCCACCUUCGCGGGCACACUUACCGAGCUGGAGGACUCCUUCACCGAGCAAGUGCAGUCUCUGGCCAAGUCCAUCGACGACGCCCUCAGCACCUGGAGCCUCAAAACCAUGUGCUCCCUGCAGGAGAGCGGGGCUUAUCAGAUCCACCAGGCUCUGCACGCAGGCGCCGGGCCGUCAGGCUUGGAGGCCGAGCUCCGGGAGCCCGAGGGUGCUGGGUCAGGGCCAGGAGAUGAGGCUGCAGAGGCCGCUGGCCUGCCCCAAGGCCACAGUGGCACCCUCAUGAUGGCUUUCCGGGAUGUCACGGUGCAGAUUGCCAACCAGAACAUCUCAGUGUCCUCCUCCACGGCUCUGUCCGUGGCCAACUGCCUUGGCGGACAGACGACCCAGACCACCCAGGAGCCUGCGGCUGGCAAAACUGAGCAGGGUGAGACUGGGACCCAGCAGUCUCCUGCGGUCUCCGCCUCGAGUCAGGGCGAUGUGCCCUCAGAAAACCCGUGCUCAGAGGCGGGGACCAGCGCGGCUGUGAGCGCCAACCGGCUGGGGGCAGCCGAGGCAGUGGUGGAGGAAGCUGUGGCCGAGGGUGCAGAGGAGGAAGAGGAGGAGGAGGAGGCGGGGGAGGUGGGAAAAGGGAUGGAGGCCGAGGCUGGAGACAACUCGGAGCAGCUGAGUAGCAGCAGCACGUCCACCAAGUCUGCCAAGUCGGGCUCGGAGGUUUCCGCCUCAGCCUCUAAGGAGGCUCUGCAGGCCAUGAUCCUGAGCCUGCCGCGCUACCACUGCGAGAACCCCGCCAGCUGUAAAUCACCCACGCUGUCCACUGACACCCUGCGCAAGCGGCUCUACCGCAUUGGCCUCAACCUCUUCAACAUAAACCCGGACAAGGGCAUCCAGUUCCUGAUCUCCCGUGGCUUCAUCCCUGACACCCCCAUUGGUGUGGCCCAUUUCCUCCUUCAGCGUAAGGGCCUCAGCCGUCAGAUGAUUGGAGAGUUCCUGGGCAACAGCAAGAAGCAGUUCAACCGAGAUGUGUUAGACUGUGUGGUCGACGAGAUGGACUUCUCCAGCAUGGAGCUAGAUGAGGCCCUGCGGAAGUUCCAGGCUCACAUCCGUGUGCAGGGGGAGGCCCAGAAGGUGGAACGGCUCAUCGAGGCCUUCAGCCAGCGCUACUGCAUGUGCAACCCUGAGGUGGUGCAGCAGUUCCACAACCCUGACACCAUCUUCAUCCUCGCCUUCGCCAUCAUCCUCCUCAACACCGACAUGUACAGCCCCAACAUUAAGCCUGAUCGGAAGAUGAUGCUAGAGGACUUUAUCCGAAACCUGCGAGGUGUGGAUGAUGGUGUUGACAUCCCCAGGGAGCUGGUGGUGGGCAUCUAUGAAAGGAUACAGCAGAAGGAGCUCAAGUCCAAUGAGGACCAUGUCACGUAUGUCACCAAGGUGGAGAAGUCCAUUGUGGGCAUGAAGACAGUGUUGUCGGUGCCCCACCGUCGCCUGGUCUGCUGCAGCCGGCUCUUUGAGGUGACAGAUGUGAACAAGCUGCAGAAGCAGGCCGCGCACCAGAGGGAGGUGUUCCUCUUCAAUGACCUGCUGGUGAUUCUCAAACUUUGCCCGAAGAAGAAGAGCUCCUCCACAUACACUUUCUGCAAGUCCGUUGGCCUGCUGGGCAUGCAGUUCCACCUCUUUGAGAAUGAAUAUUACUCUCAUGGCAUCACACUGGUGACCCCGCUUUCGGGCUCUGAGAAGAAGCAGGUGCUGCAUUUCUGUGCCCUGGGCUCAGACGAGAUGCAGAAGUUUGUGGAGGACCUGAAGGAGUCCAUUGCUGAGGUGACAGAGCUGGAGCAGAUCCGGAUAGAGUGGGAGCUGGAGAAACAGCAGGGAGCAAAGACCCUCUCCUUCAAGUCCAGUGGAGCACAGGUGGACCCACAGUCCAAGCACGGAUCACCUACAGCCAAAAGGGACACGGUGCUGGGGGAGAAGCCUGUGGAGAACACGGUGGAGGUGUCAAUUCACAACAGGCUUCAAAUGUCUCAGCACAACCCCGCGCUGGGGGCCGAGAAGGGAGUGCCAGCGCCGCUGCCAAACCUGCAGCCUAGCCCCCUGCGAGAGCAGCCCUCACUGCUGCUGCCUCCACCACCAUCCACGCCCCCGGGGACCCUGGUGCAGUGCCAGCAAAUUGUCAAGGUCAUUGUCCUGGACAAGCCCUGCUUGGCCCGCAUGGAGCCCCUGCUGAGCCAGGCCCUUUCCUGCUACGCCUCGUCCUCCUCUGACUCCUGCGGCUCCACACCCCUGGGUGGCCCAGGGUCCCCAGUCAAGGUCAUCCACCAGCCUCCACUGCCCCCACCCCCACCCCCCUACAACCACCCGCACCAGUACUGCCCACCAGGCUCCCUUCUGCACCGGCGGCGCUACUCCAGCGGCUCAAGGAGCCUGGUGUAG